UCUGUGCACGUGAGCAAAAGCAAACCCCUGUAUUCAGAGAUGUCUGGCAAACGGAAUGGAAAAAUAUCCACGUUUUUGUUUAUCGUAACUUUAACCUUUGACAAUCUACAUUUAAGUUUUUCGUUGAGUGAAGUCAUCAAGUUAAAGACAUUAUUUGGGUUGCCUGCUUUUCGAGAUAACGUGGAGAGCGAAUACCAUGUAAAUGCUCGGCAGACUCUCCGAACGCGGGGCAGUGUUCUGCCCAGACCUGCCCGCUCAGCUCUUCCACAGCAUCGGUCGUGGGUCGCGGGGUUGAGCCCACCGACCCUCCAUCGUUCAAGUGUGCCCAAACAGCUUGCAGAUCCGGACACAUAUGAGCAGAGGGCAUCGGAAGUCUCUCUGAAGUUUGGAAUUGGCAGUGAGCAAAAUACAAAAGAUUCCGACAGACAUCGUGCUAGUGCUUAUCAAGCAGACUACCCAGGCUUUAAGGAAAUCAACAAGGGGAAUAUAUUUGGCCCUUCAUUUGAAGACAGCAGGCCUACUCCCUCUUCGGAAUGGCAGGCUAUGAGGCCCUUGGUUCAGUGUCACGACACCACCAUGACUUUGACGGCCUCUGGACAAGGAUUCUCACAAUUGUUUCUGGAAAGAGAGGGGGAUUUCCCCAUCUCUGUGUUUCACUUGCCACCAAACUGUGGUUAUUCGGUGAAGGCCUCCCGGAAUGGCCUGGUAUUGGAAGCUCCCUAUGAUGGCUGUUACAUGACCAAGCAGAACGGCAGCUAUGUGCUGCCAAUGCUGUGGUGGGACAGCCCGCUGAGACUCUCCUGUCCGAUGCAGAAGAGCCCUCCCUCUCCAGCGUUAACCCUCUCUCGCCCGUGGGCCCUCUGCUCACCCUAUGGGGUGUCCGUGCACAUGUAUGGAACAGAUGAGGAGAUCCCCUCACUGGGCACCAUAGGUGUGUGUGACGCUGGUGUUGUAAAGGAAUUUUGGUUUGACCGUUUUGUGCUUGGAUUAUAUUAUGACUUGUGAGACUGUACUUCAGCCUUCGGACACAGGCUUACGUUAUUUACAAAAACUCCAGCUAGUCGGAUUCUAAAGUUAAAUGCUGCUUACUGCGCUCAUGCCAAUUUGGUGGAAAGUUAAGCAACAACAUUGUUAUCAUUAUAUGGUCCAUUUCUUAUAAAACGGCUGUGUUUGUUGCAUCCAUUGCUAAACCU